CGCCGGACACCCGCUGGAAAUAAGGAAUGGAUUUACAACCGCUAUUAACGUAUUCGUAACAUAUUCCAGCAAUGAACAAUGACCAUAGUUGACAGAUCUUCAGAAAAAUCUGACCACGAGUCAGUCGGGUGUAAGCGAUCCCCCUUCACCAGUGGAGACGUGGGGAUGGACGGCAGCUGUUCCAGCAGCUGGGCAGUGGGCCCCACAAUGCCCAGUGACUCUCCGAGGCUGAAGGCUCCAGGAGGCUGCCUGGGCCCCACGCCUGGAGCUGCCGUCUACAACAGUACCCCCUCCCCUGUGGACCGACCCAAGGAGCAAGUGAUAAGCGGUGGUGACGGCAUCGACUUGCCCCAGAAGGUCCUCUUCCCUCCAGAGCGGCUCAACCUGAAGUGGACCCAGGUUCACCGCAUUGGUGCAGGUCUGCAGAACAUGGGGAACACCUGCUUCCUCAACUCAGCCCUGCAGUGUCUCACCUACACCUCUCCGUUCACCAACUACAUGCUGACACGGGAGCACUCUAAAACAUGUCAUGAGCCGGGGUUCUGUAUGAUGUGUACCAUGCAAAACCACAUCAUUCAGGUUUUUGCCAACUCUGGGAAUGUCAUUAAGCCCAUUGGUGUGAUCAAUGAGCUCAAAAGGAUAGCAAAGCACUUCCGCUAUGGAAGCCAAGAGGAUGCCCAUGAGUUCCUGCGGUACACAGUUGAUGCUAUGCAAAAGUCCUGCUUACCUGGAACCAAAUUGGACAGGCAAACACAGGCAACCACUUUCAUCCAUCAAGUAUUUGGCGGGUACCUAAGGUCCAGAGUUAAAUGUUUAAACUGCAAAGCAGUCUCAGAUACAUUUGACCCUUUUCUGGAUAUUACUCUUGAAAUUAAGACGGCUCCCAGUGUCUCCAAAGCUCUGGAGCAGUUUGUUAAACCAGAGCAGCUGGAUGGAGAAAACGCCUACAAAUGCACCAAGUGCAAAAAAAUGGUCACAGCCUCAAAGAGAUUUACCAUCCACCGCAGCUCUAACGUGCUCACCCUCUCACUCAAACGGUUUGCAAACUUCAGUGGAGGCAAAAUUACUAAGGAUGUGAAAUAUCCAGAGUACCUGGACCUGCGGCCUUUCAUGUCUCAGUCCCAGGGAGAGUCCCAGGUCUACGGGCUGUAUGCUGUACUGGUCCACUCUGGAUUCAGCUGUCAUGCUGGACACUAUUUCUGCUAUAUUAAGGCGAGCAACGGUCAGUGGUAUCAAAUGAACGACUCCUCUGUGUCUGUCAGUGACAUCAGGUCUGUUCUCAACCAGCAGGCAUAUGUCCUUUUCUACAUCAAAUCCAAUGAUGUGAAAAAAACAGGGGACUACGGUCACAUGAGCCAUAACCCGGGAAUCCCUGGUCAGUCGUCUCCGCGACCUGUGGUGAUACCACGCAUCAACACCACCGUCCACCACAACAACAUUGGCUUCAUAGGUCCCCAGCUGCCCCCACACAUGACUAAGAGCGCUCUCCACGUCAAUGGGAAUGGAUCUCUGAGGGACUAUCCCACAAGCUCCAAGCCUAGCACCAGCAGCAGUGUUGUGGGAAAACCUAGCCAUGGACUGGCCUCUUCCUCCUCCAUCUCCCACUCGAUCAGCCGGCCCACAAUGAUCCCAGAUCACGACAAACGCCAGAAGCUUUCAUUCUUUAUUGGACAAGGCAAACAGAACCGCCCAUCCUCCUCCUCCUCCUCCUCCUCCUCCUCCUCCUCAUCAUCCUCUUACAGCCAGCCGUCCUCUGCCAGCAGCAGCAGCUCCUCCUCCAGCUCUUUAUCCUCCUCACAAUCUACCUCAGAUAUCCACUCAGACGUUCGCUUUGUUCCUCGUCAGCUUAACCAUGUUAACGGCACGUCUUGCAGUAACGGGGAUCACCAUACUGGAGGUAAUGGAGCGUCGUUCCUGGUGCCGUACGGCCAAGAGUCGUCAGAGGAAUCAGACCAGGAGAACUGUGGCGCUCUGGAUAACGGCUGUUUAGCCAAGUCGCAUCUUAAUGGAAAUAACACAACAGGAGAUGUCUUUGAUAAUUCUCCUCAAGCCACAAAUGGAGAGUCAGGAGUGCACCAUAAUGGUAACGGAUUAAAUGGAUCAACCUAUGGCGUCUCUAAAUCAGGCCAAAACGGGCACCAUUAUGGACAACACAAAAUCAAUGGACACAAAACCUCUGAGAAGAUCUCUGGCAGUAAUCUUGGAAGUGUUUCCUCUGUGGCUCCCAUUGCUACUAAUGGAGUAGAUGGUGACCAUGGUGAACCAAGCAAAGAGGUUUAUAAUUCAGCCUCAUCCCACCAGGCCAGUUCUUCUCAGAGCGUCCAUCCGGCUGCCAGUGAAAGCCAGCACCUCUCCACUCCUCACACAAGGGCUAAAACUGUGUCUGAACCCCUGCUUCAGCAUACAGCAUCUUCCGCUGUCAGCACGCCACCUUCAUCUACUGCUACAAAGACCCAUUCUGUCGGAUCUAGUGAAUCUGCUUCCGCUUCUGCACAUCAUGGCAACCCUGCGGCCUUAUCCACCCCGCCAGACUGCUCCCAAAGCACCAGUGGGGCACCUGCUGCUCCACAGAAGGUUAGCGUAAGUGGGGCUGAAGCCAAGGAUCUACCACAGACCAAUGGACCGUCAGCAGGGAAUGAAGGACGUACAGAUGCUAAGGAGCAGCAUCAGUACAAGCCCAGUUCUAAAGGGAAUGAAAGACAACCUUCCCGAGACAGGGAGAGAGACAGACUGCACUCUGACUGGAGCAGAGACAGAGAAAGACACUACAGGGACAGGAGUCAGGAGCGAGAAAGUGACAGUGAUCGUCAUCGAUACAGGCGGGACUACCGAGAUCACCGCCACCAUCAUCGCUCGUACAGGGAUCGUUUGCCUCCCCAUGAUCGAUACUACAGGGACUGGGAUUCUGAGCGUCGCUAUGAGCGGACUGUCCACCACCCCAGGGAGCGCGAUCGCGACAGGUGCUCUCACCAUUACCACUACUACCACCACCACAGAUCCAGAGAGGCCUGGGACUCUGAGCGGAGGGGACACGGCUAUUCAUACCGCGAGGACUCUCACAGUCGCUGGAGGUGGCAGCAGGAGAGUCGAGAAUCCCGGGUGACAAAGGACAAGAGCAACGGCAGGGAGAGGAACUGUUACCCUUCAAAAGAGGAGACUUCCUUGCCGGACACAAUGCCAGAAACAUCCUCAAAGUCCAAGGACUCGCCCCCUCGGGCUCCUCUCUCCACGUCUAGAUCAGCUCCAAACAGGGAGGAUCAAAAUCACAAAAGGACUGUUGAUAAUCCGGGCAAGGAGAGAGACGACAGCUCUGAGGCCUGUCACUCUAAAAAACACAAAAAGAGCAAGAAAAAGAAGAAGUCAAAGGAUAAAGACAGACACCGUGAGAGCGGUAGUUCUGACAUGGAUUCAGACAGAGCCGCUGAAAUGAAAAAGAAAAAGAAGAAAAGCAGGAGGCAGCGGGACAGUGAUGCGGAGCAGCACAGUCCAGGAGCCACUCAGAGCCACAAGAACAGAAGCAGCGAGGAGAGGGAAAGCCGCAAGCGACGUCACCAUGACAGCAAGGACGCUAAACAUGACAACGGUUUUUCACCGGAAAAACGCCGGCGCACAGACUACACUGAUGGCAGCAGUGACCAUCUACCCCCCUCUCAUCACACCUCACCCACUAACGGUUCAUCUCACCGCCAUCUCAAUGGAUACACAGGAAACGGUUACAGCCGAACCAAUGGCGACUCCCACGGAUUCUCCAGUGGCCUGAAACAUUGACUCAACACAUCAACACCAUUUUAACAACAGCAGAGGAAUGACAUCAACAACUUUUUGACAUGGUGCUUCUUCAUUGGGAAUAUAUUGUAUUUUUACCACAACUAAAGUGUUUUAAAAUGUUCAGAAAUCUUUUUUUAAGGCAUUGAUUUAUUUGCCGCAAUUCUCCUAACUAUGGUUAAAAAGGCAAAACUGUCACCUUGUUGAACAUUUAUGAUGAAAAAUAUUAAUAUAUACUUGUAUGAACACAAACAAAGCCUGGAGCUUAAACAUCUCAGCUGCUGCUCAGUGGAACUCAGGACUUGAAAACUUGUUAACAUCCAUCACAGAUAUCCACAUGCUUCAAUAAAGAAUGAAACAAAAGGGAAACUGCCUAAGAGAACUGUAAGGCAUCAUGUUGACUGCAAGUUUAAGAUGUCACCAUAUCGACAGAGCUGCAAAAUGUUUUGCUUUUUUUUUUUGGCUAUUUUUCUUUUUCUUUGAUCCCACUGGGAGCAGACAAACUGAAGGAGGGAGAUAUUCUUGAAUGAGGCAGACCAGUGCAGUGGCGGGAACAAGGCUUCGCUGACUGAUACCUCCACUCUAACCCUGGACAGACUUGAGGACAUUUCCCAGUUUUUUUCCUGUUUUGUUUUCAUUUUGCUCUGAAGCCUAAGAUUCACUCGCUGUAAUUUUUAAACUUUUUCACAAGAUGCGGAUUUUUCUCUAGAUCCUGGCUCGCUCUCUCUCCUCACACAUUAUUUUUCUUUUUAAAUGUUCAAAAAGAAAAGCAUCAAAAAUUUGUUAUCAUGGCUGUGGACCAUUUGUGUUUGCUUUUUAAUGAAAAAUACAGUUUGUGUCUUCUAGCAUCAUAAAAAAAAUACUGUGAAUUUAAUUUUGAACUGUACUAUCAGUUAUUUUUAUACAUAAAAAUCCUGUAUCAGGAUUAUCAGUAGAUGUUAUGUUGUUUUGCUCUGUUUUUAGAAAAACCUUGUUAAUUUUGACCAUAUUCUUUGGACAAAAGACAAUAAUGAGUAUGGUUAGCUUUUGUUUUUUUGUUUUGUUUUUUUUUUUUUCAAUUUUAGACAGACGUUGAAAAACUGCUGUUAUACCUUUUAGUUUAGCAUGUCAGAAUUUAUACAUUGUAUAAGGUAAAAGCCUUAAAAUACAUUUAUUAAUGGCAGAAAUUGUAAUUUGUUCUUGGUCUUUGACGUUGUUUACAAGUUGCAUUGAAAUGAAUGAAAAAUUCUGAUUGAGACGAAUGACGAGUUGCCAGGGACUUUUGAACAAGCUCCUGUCUGCCUUUAUAUUAUAUAGAAUAGAUUGAUUGUAUGUGUUGAACGAACUUUCACUACAGUAAAAUUAUGAUGUAGAUACGGUCAGGGAGGGUGUAAGCUGGUGGCACUCGUCUCUAUUCAGGUUUUGUUAAAUACACACACUUUUCUAGCGGUCAGGGUCAGCGAGGCGGCUCAGCUCACUAUCAUUUAUUCACAACACUGUUUCCAUGUUUGAAAUAACCAAAGACCUGGUAAGUUUUGGCGAGUCGAGCUCCUCUUACUGAAUUCACACAAAAGUUGUUCUCUGAUCAGCAUGUAUUUUUAUUCAAAGUCUUCAUCAAAGUAUUCAGGAGCAGUUUUCCCAAACCAACAUCAAACCAGGUUUAAACCUAAAAGCUGCACCACCUGUGGGUUGGUUUGAUCAAGUCUGGGGGAAAAAAAAAAAAAAAAACA